AUGGGAUUCCGCAUCGGCACGCCGCUUUACGCAUUUGCGUGCGUCUAUUUAUUUGUCCUCACCCUUCGGGGCGCGCAUUGUCAGAGACACCCGGCGCCUCCUCAAGGGAAUAACCCAGGGGGCGCACUCCGGCAGACGCUACAGUGGUCUCACAAUGGCAAUAUUUUCAGCAUUUUAAGCCAGGGUGCCGAAUAUCAGCCGGCCAGGCGUCGCGGCUCGCCGCAGGAACAAGUGCAGCAAAGGCCGAUCACCAUCAUCAGCGACGCCAAGCAGCCGGCGCGGGACACCCCGGAGCAGCGGCCCGCAGCGCUGCCCGCCGCGCUCCAGCGGCUUGUGAGGGGCAGAGAGCACCGCCAGGGCCAGGGCCAGGAGCCCCCGUCGGGCGAUCGGAGGAAUGACACCCAUGCUAAAGUGACCGUCAGCCCGCCGCAACCCAAGAGGGAAGACAUGAUGGUCGCCGACGACCCCUAUGACCCGUCUAAGUCCUACGAUGUAGACCACGACAACCCCUAUUACAAUCACUACGAUGUGUACGAGAGACCCAGGUCCAGAUCCAGACCCGGAUAUGGCACAAGGUACCAUCAGUACGGUCUUCCAGACCUGGUGCUUGACCCAUACUACAUUCAGACAGCCGCCUACGUGCAGAGCACGCCAAUGUACAACCUCAGAUGCGCGUCUGAGGAGAACUGUUUGUCAAGCUCAGCCUACUUGGCCCGAGACUACGACACCCGAAUGCUGCUGCGCUUCCCCCAGAGAGUCAAGAACCAGGGCACGGCUGACUUCCGGCCCAGCAGGCCGCGCUACGCCUGGGAAUGGCACAGUUGUCACCAGCACUAUCACAGCAUGGACGAGUUCAGUCGCUACGAGCUUCUGGAUGCCACUUCGCAGCGGUCGGUCGCCGAGGGCCACAAAGUUAGCUUCUGCCUUGAGGACACGUCCUGCGACUACGGCUACUACAGGCGCUACGCUUGUACAUCACACACUCAGGGUUUGAGUCCAGGAUGUUACGACACCUACAACGCAGACAUCGACUGCCAGUGGAUUGACAUCACAGACGUGAAACCAGGGAAUUACAUCCUCAAGGUUAGCGUGAAUCCUUCCUAUCAGGUGCCAGAGGAAGACUACACCAACAACAUUGUGCGCUGUGACGUCCGCUACACGGGCAACUAUGCUUACUUGUCUGGUUGCCAUAUGGCGACGUAA